AUGGGUCAAGAAGCAUCGCAACCUAUCAACCCGGACACACCCACCGAGACUUUAUCGGACCGCAGCCUCGAGGCUGUUGCCGAAUUUAUCAACGAUGGCGAUUCGUUAAACGUUGUCGUCAUGACCGGUGCUGGUAUAUCCACCGCCGCUGGAAUCCCCGAUUUCCGCUCCCCCAAUACAGGUCUCUAUCACAAUCUCGCGCGUCUCAAACUACCGCACCCCGAGGCCGUUUUCGAGAUCGAUUUCUUCCGUAACAAUCCAGAGCCCUUCUAUCUCCUAGCCAAAGAAUUAUACCCGGGCAAUUUCCACCCCACCGUCUCCCACGUGUUCAUCGCCUUGCUGGCCAAGAAGGGUCUCCUCCGCAUGCUCUUCACGCAGAACAUCGACUGCCUCGAGCGCGCCGCCGGCGUCCCCGGCGACCGCAUCGUCGAGGCCCACGGCAGCUUCGCCACGCAGCGCUGCAUCGACUGCCGCACCGAGUUCCCCGACGACCGCAUGCGCGAGCACGUCAAGCGCGGCGAGCCCCCGCACUGCGUCAAGGAGGACUGCAACGGCCUCGUCAAGCCCGACAUCGUCUUCUUCGGCGAACAGCUGCCUGAGAAGUUCUACGCGAACCUAUCGGUCCCCGGCGACGCGGAUCUCAUGCUCAUCAUGGGCACCAGCUUGCAGGUGCAGCCUUUUGCGACCUUGCCGAGCCGCGCCCAGGACGGCGUCCCCCGCGUUCUGUUUAACCUUCAGCGCGUCGGCGACUUGGGAACGCGCGCGGACGAUGUCCUGUGUCUCGGAGAUUGCGACUCCGGGGUUCGACAACUAGCUGACGCGCUCGGCUGGCGGGACGAGCUAGAGGCCACGUGGCGCAAGAUUGUGGGAGAGAAGGAGGCGAACCGACAGCUGACUCAUGAAUCGCGGGAACAAGAACAAGAACAAGAACAAGAACAAGAGCAAGAACAAGAACAGAAAGAAGAAGAGGGUAAGGAUAAGGAGAAGGAGAAGGAGAAGGAGCUGAACGAUCUGACCGAUGACGUGGUGACUAAGUUGGACAUGUUCGAGCCCACCACCACCGCCACCGCUGAGGCCUACUACGAGCCCGAUGCUAACGCGCCGAUGCAGGAACAGGCGGGGGGUGCUGAUGCUGCUGCAAGAAGAAGAGCAUCAGCAGCAGCUUUCGCGGCAACUGACGUGGCUACGUCAAGAAUCGCAGCAAAUACCGCAAGUACAGCAAGUGCAACAGCAACAACAACAGCAGCAGCAGAUAAAACAGAAGCAAAUGCAACUACGGCAGAAGAAACAGAAAGAAGCCUUGCAAGACACGAACCAAAAGAUGCAGAAAAAGAAGAAAGAAAACAAGAAGAAUCUCAGAGCUGCGAUGAUAAUAAGAAAGAUCCUCAAGCAGCUGAUGCGCGAAAGAGCACUGGUGACGGCGAGAAAGGUGAAGGGGGGUUGGUGGAAGGUGGAAAGGGGGGGGAGGGUAGGGGGCUGGGGGGGCAGCAGGAAGGGCUGGAAGAAAAGCCGACGUUGAGUUAUGAGCCGCUGAAGCCUGCGGUGGAAGAGGAGGAGGAGGGUAAGGGUAAGGGUAAGGGGUUGUAGUUGGGAUUGGGAUUGGGAUUGGGAUUGUGAUUGUGUUAAUGCUUGGGAUGGGAUAGGGAGCAUGCAUGGCGUUGUAAUGAAUGGGCUGGACAGGACAUCACAUCACAUCAUCCUUGGACUGUUCUGGAUUUGUGCUGUGUAGCAUGCCUAGUUGCUUCCUGGCUUGCUUGAUUAAUUGGUUUUGGGCAGGACGCUGAUGAGCUGAUUGCAUCCAUGCAUGCAUGCUGAGUACCUAGAUACUU